CACUUUCAGAUCGGGCGCCAUCUUGGAUGGGAAGCGAGACUUCGGAGGCGGCAACGAGAAGCGGAGCGACGCCCUCUCGCUUCGGAGCGGCGGCGGCAAAGAGAAACGGAGCGUGGCGGAGGAUCGGAAAAGGGGGCUCGGCGUGUCCCGGAGCCGCGACCCGGGAAAGACCGUUGAGAAGCGCUCUCGGGCCUAAAAAAAGCCAAGCGAAGGGGGAGCCUGGAAACCGCCCACCCGGGGAAAGCGACGCUGCAGGCGGUUUGCAGGCUUUUUGCAGGACUACAGCUCCCCUAAUCCGCGGCCAGAGCCGGGAUCCCUGCUGCUGAGCGCACCUGGCACCCGGAGCUCGCGGCCCGCCUGCCUCCCGCCAUGGCCGGCGCGCUUCCCGCGGCGCCCCGAGAGAGUCUGCCUUGCGCGGCGCCCACCCCGCGCCCACCGCCCUCGCCCUGCCGUAGCCCGGACCCCGCCGUGGCGCUCACCCCGGACCGGAACGGGCCGGCCCGGGCGGGAGGCGGCAUCCUGCGGCGGGAGCACCAGGAGAAGACGGGCCCCAGACACGUCCGCUUUCGGAUGGCAGAGCAGAGAGAGGAGGAGCUGCAAGGCGGCCCGACCCCCGCGGACCACCAGGGAUCCUCCGGGACGUCGAGGAGGGAGCCCCGGGGGCCGCUCGCCCUCCGCCCGCUGGGCGCCCCGCUGCCCCACAGCAGCCUGGCCCUGGGCGCCGAGGUGCGGGCCACGCGCGAGCGGGCCUUCGAUGCCCGGCAGGCGGCGGAGCGGCUGGUGCAGCGCUCCUUCGUGGCUCGGGGCGCCGCGGAAGCUCACGUGGGCGAGGGGCUGAACAUUCCCCGCGACCAGCAGCUCUACCGGGGCCUCAUCAGCCUGCAGGUGCCGGCCGACGAACUGCUCAGCUCGGCCGGGCAGGAGAGACUGGCCGUUAUCCAACACCACCCCGGGGACAGAAAGGAAGCGGCCGGCGAAGGGCCCGACUUGAUGGCCUUUUACAGGGCAGAGGAGCUGUUCACGGAGACCCCCUUCCUGGAGGUGGGGGGGCUGCCCCCCCUGAAGCUGCAGGCCCAGAGGCGCCCCCCGGCCACCACCUUCCUGAUGUACCGGAAGCUGCAGCAGUGGGCGAGCUGAGGAAGGCCGGAGACGGGUGGUCCAGAGACGCACUUCGGCCUCUUCCUUCAGCUGGCUGUUCACGCACAAGCAUCCCUCAUUCUCACACUCACACACACAAUGAGACACACACACCAAUCCGGUGACGUUUUAUACAUAAACUGUAACUGCCGGUGGAUGGUGUGGUUUUUCGCUUUGCCGCCAGGACUGACCCCCCAAGUAUGGGUGGCCCACAAUUCCCACCGCUAAGCAAGUGAGUUUUUGCCCCGUUUUACGACCUUGGCUUCUCCAUUGACUUUGUCCCCGUCAUAAAUACAAGUUGGUCACUGAGCGUUUUGAUUGCCUGAUUGCGCGCGGGAGGGGGGGGGCGCUGCGAAAAACAGCCCCGGGUCACUUUUUCCAGCGCUGUUAACGGUCGCUAAGCCGUUGUAAGUUGAGGACUGCCUGCACGCAGGGGACAGAUUUAUUUUAUUGGCAGAGCUUUGCUUUGGCGCCCGUGUUUGGUCCCCCCCUUCAGAGACUGGCACAGCAGCGGGUAAUAAUCUGUAGGUUUUAUUUAUAUAUAUAAUCAACUUUUUUUAAAAGAUAAAACUCCGUUCAAACAAGAUCACUUUACUUCUACAGGGUUGUUUUUUGGGGGGCGGCUCUUUUUGACCCUCCGAACACAGCAGGCAGCUGAGGGGGGGCAUUUUCAUGGGGGGGGUUGCAGCUGGCCUGGUGGAUGUUACACCCUUACUCCCCAUUGCAAAAAAAAAAAAAAAAA